AUGACCCCGUUGAAGAUGCUGCUCCUUGUCACCCUCCUCCUGGGAGCUUCUCUGCAGGAUGCCCGUGCGGCUCGGGGGACCAACGUGGGCAGGGAGUGCUGCCUGGAGUACUUCAAUGGAGCCAUCCCGGUCGGUAGGGUGGUGUCGUGGUACCAGACCUCAGACGAGUGUCCGAAGAAUGCCGUGGUGUUUGUGACCACCCAGGGCAAGUCCAUCUGUAUGAACCCCCAGGACCCAUGGGUAAAGAAGGCAGUCAAACACUUGAGAAAACGCACAAAGUCACGUAACCGCAGGGCCCUGGAGUCCUGA